AUGCUGGCUAAGUUGGUUUGCGCUCGUCACAAACCGCGACAACAAACGGUACUGCCAUUCGAGUAUGUGCCGGUCAUUUUCGAAGAGACUCCUAUAGGAGAUGUGCGUAUGCUGGGAGGAAAACUCGGUCAUGCACUGCAGGAUCGCUUUGCUAUCGGUACUAUGGCAGAACUCGCAGCAAUCCCAUUUGAAUUAAUCGAACGUCAUUUCGAAAGUCAGGCACAAUGGAUUCAUAACCUCGCAAAAGGAUUCGAUGACGAACCG